CGUGGCGCGGGGUGGUGCGGGGGUGGGUGUCCGCGAGCCCAGUCGGUCUGGAGCCUCUACCAUGCCCGUGUCGCCCGUACUGUACCCCCAGUGCGCGACUUCCCCCCAGUAGAAACUGGAUGGACACGCACCCCUACCGCUGUUCCUUUCAUUCACGUGUUGCCACCAUGACUGCCGUACUUCCUGGAUUAUUGCUCUCCGUAUUGGCUGUUCUCUUGGAAGCUGUAGGAGGGCUGAAGCUAACCGAGCUCCUGGGGCCACGCCUCGCUGACCGCGGGACGAGCGCUAAGCUCUCCUGUAACUUCGACACAGAGAACGCGAGACUCUACUCGGUCAAAUGGUACAAGGACGAGUACGAGUUCUUCCGCUACAUGCCCGACAACCACCCGCACAGUCAAGUCUUCCCGAGGGACGGCGUUACUCUGGACGAAUCGAUGUCCGGUAUAGACCACGUGGUGCUCACCAGCCUGUCGUUCUCCAGCACUGGUGUCUACCGUUGUGAAGUCUCCACAGAGGCGCCGAAUUUUGAAACGCUCUUUCUCAACCACAACAUGACAGUCUUGUCAUACCCUCAGCACGAGCCCAGACUAGAGGGUCUACAGAGAUUUUACUCGAUACACACAGAGGUAGCAGUCAACUGCACGGCAGCUCCGUCCUAUCCUGCACCUUCCUUGCAUUGGUACAUCAAUAAUCUCAAGGCCGAUGAUUACCUGGUGGAGAGGUCGGCUGUGGUGAGGUUCCCAGACGACACAUUCACUAUGUCAGCUAUGCUGAAGUUCUCGGCCCAGCCGCAGCAUUUCCUGGGAGGUGUAGGGGUGCUGACUCUGCGUUGUGAUGCUGAGGCGCCCCCACUGGACACCCUCAGCGCAGUCGCUGAGGUUCGUCUGGCCGGCGACCUCACCAACGAGAAACUUGCUCAAGAGAAUUUCAGGAAUUCCGCAGGCAGUGUACUGUCUCCCAGUCUCCCAAUGGCUGUAGCAGUAGUGGCCAUGCUCGCUAGCAGGUGACAGCUGGUUUGUAUGUAACAAUCACAUCCCAGCUAUCGUCUGUCCCUGUCAUACCGUUGUUAAGCACUUGAUCAUAUGUCCUUUAUACAUAAGGGAGUAAUUUUGCUUGAAUACAACACUGUAAAUAUAAUAUGUCCUAUUUAAAAAAGCCUUUUAAAUUAGCUUUUAUUGGUUCACGUGAGCAAACUAAAAUGCACUUGGAUUUCAGACUUUUUACCAAAUCCUAUCACAAUUGUAAUAAUUUCUUCUAUAUAUUGUCUGACAGACAAACUUAUUAUGUACAUAUUCUGAACGAACACCUAUAAAAGUUAUUUCUGAAUAUAUCAAAAUUAUAACAACAGAAUCCAAUAAGUCUCCUUCGACAAUUAGAAAAAACAUAUAAAUUCAUCUUGCAUCUCGAGAACUCACAUCACACGUUAAUCUACAGCCUAAUAAUAGCCUAAAAUGUAGGUACUAUUAUAAAUUCUAUUUAGAUUGAUUUAAUUUAAUCUUAGACUUAAUUAUUCUUAUUUUCAUUAAAUGUUAUAGAUAUAUGGGCCACAUUUUGCCAGAGAGUUUAGGAUGCUAAACCUGAUAAAAUGAUUAAAUCGUAACUAAAAACUAGAAACCCUACAGUCAAUUAAUGAGUUAUAUCGUUUAUAUCCACUUUCAUGAAUAAACGUCAUGGAGGGGACUAAAAUAUGAAUUACAUCACAUGAACAAAGCAUAAGUUUAAUCUGUGUUGCUGCCUAUAAACAUGCAUAAAAGAACUUGAAUCAUGUUGUGAUAUAAUCGUAUCUUUUCUUCGGUCAGUAAAAUAUGACAUUCCUUAUAGUUGUGUUCAUGUCAGUAAUUAUUUUAUUAGUUGUAAUUAAAAAUAAAUGAAAUUUUGGAUGAUACUGUUGAUUGAAACAAUAUAUUAUUAUAAAAGGUUAGAACUAAAUUACUUAACAAAUAAUAGUUCCAGCCCAUUAAAUGUAAAUGAAUUCUAAUAUUAAUAUGUUGAAAUAUGUACUUUUUAAAUUAGCUUUACACUGCAAAAGCCUAAGUUUGCACUCUGUUUAUAUAUUGUUUAAUUAUAAGUUAUUAAUUUAUUGUUUCUUUAUGAUCUAUGUGUAUGCAAUAAAUUGUAAAUAUUAAGAUAAUAUAAACAAUCAUAAUAAUAUUGUUGCACAUUAGCUACAGAAACAAUUAUAUUGCGUUACGCAAGACAAUUUAUUCUAGAGCAAUAUCCACAAAAACUUGCAAUUAUGAUAGCAAACUGUAUUGCCUUUAUGUAUAAAAUCGUUAACUAAGAUAAAAAUAUUUAAAUAUUUGUCUCUAGAUAAUUCAGUCAAAUGUUUACACUUAAAGGUUGAUUAUUGUAUAUACAUUGUUAAUAAUCAUCUACCGAAAUGUUCCUUACUAUAUAAUAAUAUAUCAGUAUAUUUGCCAAUAUUUUUAAAAGUUUUUGUAUAUAUGAACCACCGUCAAUCGGUUUUUGAUGUUACAACAUGGAGAAUAAAUGUAAAAUAAAAUAAAUAAAGUUAAAA